AUGUCACAGAGUGGAGUCCAAGACAUCAGGUUGUCCAAGUCAAAGGUCAUCUAUCAUGAUAGUCGUUGGAAGCACGUCGGCGGAAGAACACCCAAAAUGGUGAAUGAAGUCUCCUUAAGGGAUCUACCAGCUGCCAAGGCAUUGCGUUCUUUGAGAGAAGCGGCUUCUCCCGUUAGAUUGUUGGUUCUCAGGGAAAACCCACAAAAACUGUUCACAACAAGUGAAAACACAACCAAAUUCAUCACUGUUGAAAUCAGGAAGUCCAGCAUAACGGAGAGGCUAGGUCUUAGUGUAAUGCAGAGAACGAACGGAAGAGGAGUUUUUAUCACAUAUGUGCAGCCUGGAAGUAUCGCAGCCCAACAUGGUCGUAGAAUUCUCCAGGGAGAUCAAAUUCUGGAAAUCAAUGGGUUAAACUUUAGGGAAAGUAACCAGAAUGAUGUGGCAGAGAUGUUAAAGAACACAGAUGGAGCAAUUGUCCUACUGCUCGGUCGUGUGUAUGCCCUGACUUUGGCCAUCCAAGAAUGGACCCGGGCCAAACUUCGCAACCGGACAUCAACCUGGUCAGCCUACUCAGAUGAUACAAAAGAAAAAAUUCAGGCCCAGCGCCCCAGCCUUCCCGUGAGUCACCAAACGUCCACAUUGGGCUUCCCCAACUUUGUGUCAACUUCUGCAGGUACAUCUCGAGAGACCAGCCCCACUUCUAGUUGUCGAAGGGCAAGGCUUAGCAUUGUGGCAGAGAAUAGCCACGUAGUGACCAAUAACAGCAGCUUGGAAAGAGACUAUAAUAACGAUAUUGAUUUCCAUGAUUCCGAUGAACUUGUUGACAGUGGUGCAGAAUACCCUCUUCUUCCAAGCAUCAAAGUUACAAUAUUUUAAACUUUAUCCAGGCAAGCUUGACUGGAUUUAAACAUGUCAACAAAUAAUUUAAAAUUUAUUACAGGUUGGUAAAUAUACAGUGCUUUAAGUUAGCCAUUUACAAAAAUAUUAAUCCCACCGUCCACAUACAUAGGACAUUGUCUAUACAAAGGGAGUAUGGAUUAUAAGAAAUGUUGUGCUUCUAGAAUCUAAGAAAAAUUUAUUCUAUUCACUGCUUUUUGGAAUUGAUUGUUUUAGUUUCUUCUGUUUUAUGAAACCUACUUCACCAGAAACACUAAAAUAGAACCACAUUUUAAUUCUCUGUUAAUUAAGUUUUGUGUUCAAUCUGUGUUUGUAAACCAUACUGUGUGUUACAUCAAUCCUUGUGGGCUGGGUACUUUUUUAUAAUUACCCUUAUUAAAAUAAAUUAAAUUACCUUACAAUCGCUACCCUGUGGUUUGGUUAUUUUUUGUAGUUACCCUUGUUGAUUCUAUACCUUACAAAAGCCAACUUGAUAUGGAUAUUUUGUUGUAGUUACCCUUGUUGAUUAAGUACUUUAAUGUAGUUACCCUUGUUGAUUACAUACUUUAAUGUAGUUACCCUUGUUGAUUAAAUGCUUUAAUGUAGUUACCCUUGUUGAUUACAUACUUUAAUGUAGUUACCCUUAUUGAUUAAAUGCUUUAAUGUAGUUACCCUUGUUGAGUUACAUACUUUAAUGUAGUUACCCUUGUUGGUUACAUACUUUGAUGUAGUUACCCUUUUCUGAUUACAUACUUUGAUGUAGUUACCCUUGUUGGUUACAUACUUUGAUGUAGUUACCCUUUUUGAUUACAUACUUUGAUGCAGUUACCCUUUUUGAUUACAUACUUUGAUGUAGUUACCCUUUUUGAUUACAUACUUUGAUGUAGUUACCCUUGUUGGUUACAUACUUUGAUGUAGUUAACCUUUUUGGUGACAUCGUUUGAUGUAGUUACCCUUGUUGGUUACAUACUUUGAUGUAGUUACCCUUGUUGGUUACAUACUUUGAUGUAGUUAACCUUUUUGGUGACAUCGUUUGAUGUAGUUACCCUUGUUGGUUACAUACGUUUGAUGUAGUUACCCUUGUUGGUUACAUACUUUGAUGUAGUCGCCCCUUUAACAUGUCUAUUUAGGUUUAACUACCUCUGUUGUUUAUUACUUUUUAAGGAAUUUCUUUGUAGGUCUCGGAGGUUCGUAAUUCCUCUAUGUUUGUCAUUCUGAAAUAUACAGCUAACUUUUCAGGGUGAAGAGUAACUGUGAUAGAAUCCCCUUGUGCCUGAAAAACUGCCCCUAAAUCUGAUUCAAAAAACGUCACAGUAUUAUCCCUGAUUAAGCUACUUACUGUGGUUACGAUUUGGUGUCCUGUAGCUGCUAUAAAGUGGUUAAUAAGUCACUUUUUCUGAAUGACCUUUUGAUCAAAAUUUAGCUGAAUUAUUUUCCUAAAAAUUAAGGAACAGAAAAGUAUGUUUCAUGUAACGGUUAAAAAAAUGUACGUUGUGAAAAACUUUAAAUAAAAAUUGUACUUUAUGAUA